CCCGCCGUCGGCCACCCGCGCGCAGGUCCGCCGGGAGGGGCGGCCUACGGACGGGCCCACCCCGGGGCGUUCCUGCAGGGCGCCCUAGGCCGCCCUCAUCGCCCCCCAGAUGUACUAUGCGGUCUCCCAGGCGCGCGUGAACGCGGCCUCCGCGACCAUGCUUCGGCCACAGCGGCCCGGGGACGUGCAGCUCGGGGCCUCCCUGUACGAGUUGGUGGGCUACCGACAGCCGCUUUCCUCCUCCUCUUCCUCCUCCACUUCCUCCUCCUCCACGACGGCACCCCUCCUCCCCAAGGCUGCGCGCGAGAAGCCAGAGGGGCCAGCGGAGCCGCUAGGCAACGGACCGGGGUCCGGCGCGCACGCUGGCGGCAGUGCCCGGGCGGACGCCAAAGAGGAGCAGCAACAGCAGCUGCGGCGCAAGAUCAACAGCCGCGAGCGGAAGCGCAUGCAGGACCUGAACCUGGCCAUGGACGCACUGCGCGAAGUCAUCCUGCCGUACUCUGCGGCGCACUGCCAGGGCGCGCCCGGCCGCAAGCUCUCCAAGAUCGCUACUCUGCUGCUCGCCCGCAAUUACAUCCUGCUGCUGGGCAGCUCGCUGCAGGAGCUGCGCCGCGCGCUGGGCGAGGGCGCCGGGCCCGCUGUGCCGCGUCUGCUGCUAGCUGGCCUGCCCCUGCUCGCUGCUGCGCCGGGUUCAGUACUGCUGGCACCCGGCGCCGUGGGGCCCCCCGACGCGCUGCGCCCGGCCAAGUACCUGUCGCUGGCGCUCGACGAGCCGCCGUGCGGACAGUUCGCGCUUCCCGGCGGUGGCGCGGCAGCCCCGGGCCUCUGCACCUGCGCGGUUUGCAAGUUCCCGCACCUUGUCCCCGCCGGCCUGGGCUUGGCAGCCGUGCAGGCUCAGUUCUCCAAGUAAGGGCCUGCCGGGGCCCUGGGCGAAGUGCGACUUCUGCCCGGCCUUCCACCGUCCAGCUUUCCCGCACCCCUGCGCUCCUGAGUCCAGGGAGAGAGGGGGCCCGAGUAAGGAGGGCAUUUCGAACCUUUUGGCCCAGAGGAAGGGACUGCCCAGCGCCUUCUCCCCCAGCCCUCCUCCCCCAGGAAAUUAAAGCAACCCCGGCAGAUGUUCCAAGGAACGUCUGGGCUGUUUAGGGCUGAAAGUGAUCGCGCCACCCACCACCCAGCGCGUUCUCUCUCCCCCUGUCCCUAGAGCCGUGCGCUUCGCGGGGCUGGUGUGGAUUUGAGGAGGUUCUGUGUGUCCGGCUCACGUUGGGCUGGGCGAGAGGCCAGCCCAGAAUGCGAUCUCCAGGGAGCGGCCCUCUCCCAGUCUGAGGGGCUGAUUUGGAACGGCGCGAACCCGGAGAGAAGUUGUUUUCCUAAUCCCGGGUCGAGCCCACGGGCGCACUGUUCCCUCCAGCCAAGCCCAAGAUUGUCAACGGAAGCUACUGGACCUCGGAAGGGUGAAAAAGACCCGUUAGUCGGUGCAGGCCGUCAGGGGCGUCGCAGAUGGACGGACCCUCAGUGGCCCAGCGUUUGGCGCCGCGGUGCCGCGGGUGGGGGCGGUGACGGCUCCCGGGUUGUUGGGUGUGCGGAGUGGCAAGUCUGUUAGCUUUGGUAGCCAGACUUGGAAGGCAGUUUUUGAGACUGGCAUAAGCAGGUGUUUCGUUGCGGGGAGUAUUUGCUCUUAGAUCCUGGGGUCUGCUUAGCGUAGAACUCGAGAUUCACCUUUCGUCUCCCCUUCCCCAAAGGUAGCAUAAUCAACCUUUGAACUUGCUUAAAAGCAAAAAACGCACCACCCUUCAUGCCAUCUGUGUUCUGGAUUUACUAAAAUAGGUAACAAGGCUUUUCGCAGUCGCCUUCUCUGAAGCUCGCUAAUUAACGUUCUCAUUAAAAGUGGAGGAGGACCAGGACUCCAAGCCGCCCGCGGCUCGACGGAUCCAGCUGGAGUUGCCAGGGCCGGUGUUUUCUACGCCGCUCCUCCAUCGGUCCCUCAGCGUGCCUGAGUCCUCCACCAGCACGUCUCGCCGGUCGUGCUUCUCGUCGCUUUGCCGUUGAAGAAUGACAUAGAUGACCUACCCAUCUUGAUCCAUUAAGGCGUUAACCAAUUACCCAGGAUUAUUUUAUGAUUUAUCGGCAGCUUGCGUUGAUUUUUAAAUUGCAAGUUUUUAGUUGUUGGUAGUAGCCGAAUUUAACAGGCAUUUUAUUUUACCUCUAAUCUUGUUCCCUUGAGCUGUACAGGAUCAACAAAAUAAAACAGUGAAAGCCGAA